AUGGGGCACGCAGUACGCCAGUUCAAGGCACUGUUUUGGAAGAAUUUGCUCUGCCGUGUGAGGCAACCGGUCUUGUUCCUCUCUGAAAUACUCUGGCCAUGCAUGCUCUUCCUGAUUUUGGCUGCAAUUCGCUUCCAAGAGCCCCCGAAACACAAGGAAAACUGUUAUUUAGAAGCUCGGGAUUUGCCAAGUCGGGGCCUUUAUCCUUUUGUGCGGUCUCUUUUCUGUAAUGUUGGCUCAAGAUGCAGGAAUACCAGUUACUCAACACAGAAAUACAACCGCUUACGUACUUCAGGUGUUGAAAGUGGUUCAGAAAGUUUUGCAGGACCUGACUUCGCGUUUAUGAAAGAGAUACAAGAACUUGCAAAGGGAUUUACUGAAACCACAGAGAAAACCAUGGCUUUAGAAAAGCUGUGGGAAGAAAGCUCAAAGUUCUCGGGGCUUCAUAACGGCACCACUUUUCUUACUAUGGAUUUGAAUGAAGCAGAAGAAAUCAUUUCUAAAAUAGAAAACCUGUACAAACAGCCAUCUUUCUGGAACCUUUUGCAUUCUCUCCCUCGCCUUGAAUCAAAGAACUUAUAUUCAGAGGAUGGAUUAGCUGCCAUAGCACAGUUUCUGGAAGUUAUUAAAAAUACCUUAGUAUCAUUGAAAGACUUAGCUGUGAUGCCACUGGGACAGACUUUCCAUGAAGUGGUGAAAAUCGCUCUAAAUUUAACUGCUGCAUCUGUACAGGAGAGGAGCUUGGAGGGUUUUCAGUAUAAUCUUUCUCUAGAGGAUGUUUUGUGGAAUCCACAUGCUGUCAGAGAAGAACUUGAAUUCAGAUUUGGUUUUGAUGAUCUUCAUGUUCAGAAACUUCUAAGUUAUACAACACAAUUAACAAAGAUUCCCACAGAAGAAACAGUGGAGCAGUUUGUGUGCUCUGCUCUGUCCAGUGUACCAGGAUAUGAAGCAAACAAAGAGAAUAAUGAAGAAAGCUGUAUUUCCACAUCUCAAGAGGCCAAAUUGUAUCUCAUCCAUGCUGUCAGCAAGCUCAGACUCUACGCACAGGUAUUUGAGCAAUGGUUCAGUAGCAGCCACUCUCAGAAUCUUCUUUCAGAACUUGUAAGAAUCACGGCUGAUUUAAUGUCUCAGCUGCUAGAAGACAAAGAGGCCAGGAAAAUUGUCUCAGAAAUAAGUACCCUGAUCCAGGAGUGGGAUAAGAAAUCACAAGCUUAUUUUUCAGAAGAACAUACUGCACCUCAUGAUCUAAUCCUAUAUCUGAAGAAGAUGCAGGCUGUGCUGCAGGCUGUGCCUCAGUGGUCUGUUGUGAAGAGAUUACGUCUGGUAGAUGGAGCUCUGAGGAACGUAGUAUUACAGUAUUUAAACUUCGCUGACGAAGCUUUACAUAGCCUGGAGAAAAUGAUUCCCUUUACCCAAAGAAAUGAAUCUGUUCAUCUGGACAUCAAAAAGCUUUUUGUGGAGCUAAAACAGAUGUUGAUGAGCAACUCUUCCUACGUCUGUGCUGAUGUGCUUACAAUGUUUGGGAAGGCCCUCAGACAUCCACAGAUUUCUGAUACCACUGAUAAUUUAGCCAUAUAUAUGUGCACUGGCAAUGAUUCGGAGGUGGCUUUCAAGCAAAGCAAUCAGCUCCAGUCACUAAGGAAAGCUGUCCUGCUCCUGCAGAAAGUAACUCAGGGACAACAGAACGUGCCAGAUUCAAUAGUGGAUGAUUUUUUGGGAUGGCAAGAAAUAGAAGAAGAGUUAGCUGAAAAUCAUGCUUAUUACUGUGAAACUGAUCCAUUGCUGAGUGCAGAGGAGGAUGUCCGUUUCAGCUCUUGUGAAGAACAGCUUCUCUUCUCACUGAAUUUGACAUCUAUUAAAGGGUUUUUGAAGACAGAAGAAAAUAUAUGGAUUUCAAGUGAAAAGGAAACGGAUGACGUUUUACACCUUGCAGAAAUUGUAGAAGAAAUUGUAGUGUUUAACUUCUCAGUUCUUUCAGGCAUCCGACCUCUAAUGGAAACUACCUUGAGUGAAGUGAUUAUGUGGAUGAAAGGGGAGGAAUCCAUGAGAAAUGUUUCACUUGCAGUUUCUGAGCUCUAUAAUGAAAUACAAAAAAAUUUACAGGCUCAUCUGAGAUUUUGGAUAAAGGAGAAGAUGGAUUUUUUCUGGGAAAUGUUGAAAAUUGUGUCUCAUGAACUUGAUUCCAGGGUUUCUCACAUAGGUCAAGUGGAAGUUGAGGAGACACUGGAGUCUUUAUCUAGUUUUAUAUCUCCUGUUACAGAAAAUAAAUACAGUCUUAAUAGAAGCAUUCAACUGCUCAAAAAUAUCCUAGCAGAUUGGCAAGAUUUAAAUAGUCCUACUCUGAACCAUCUAAAAUACUUAAGAGAAAACUUUCUAAGGAAUCUCUAUGAGAUUGUAUCGUUGGCUGACAGUCAUGUCAAUGCAUCUUUCAGCGUAGGUCAUGGAGUGAGUAAUACCUCCUUUUCAUUACUGUCAAAUGCAAUGUUUAUAUAUAAAGUACAAGAGUUAGGCAAAAUUGUUCCCAAUUUCUUUAAAGACAUUCAAAAAUUAAACAGUAGUAGUGCAGACUCACUUCUUCAGAUACUUUUCUCUUUGUAUCAGAACGCUGAUCUGCUCUUAAAUGCUGAGAGCAAUAACACUUUGAUAUUUCUUUAUAACACCUCAAAAGAAAUUUCAUCCUUUCAAACAUGGAAUGAUUUCCGAGAUAUGGACCGAAUUUCUGAUUUUCUAUCUGAAACUUUUGAUCUUCUCUGGAACUUUACCAAUAAGUCACUCUGUGAAAAAUUACUGGCCUUUUACAAUUACACAGAAUUUCAGGCCUGGUCUUUUAUACAGGAAGGCAAAAAAGAGUUGCAAGUUGUCUAUAAUAUUCUGAGCAGCCUUAAAACCUUAUUUUUAGAUGAAGACCUUGAAGCAGCUGCCUUUUGUUAUUUGGAACAAUUUUUUGACAUCUCCCCAGAAUGCAUUGUAAGAAAUGGGUGCGUUUACUUUUAUCCAUCAAACAUCACUUCUGUAAAUGAUUCAGCAGAGGUUUACAAUCUCCUGCUUCCAUUGGGCAGUGUCUUGUAUAAUAUAACAAAACUGGAAGGUAAGGUAAGUUUAUCUUCUGCUUUGCAUUGUACUUUUACAUGGCUUCAAAUAUGGACAGAGAUUUUUGAAGAAACAUCCAGAAUCUUAAAAUUGAAUUCAACCUUUUUUGUCUAUCUAAGAAAUGAUUUGAGAAACCUCUCUGAAAGCAUUUUAAAUACAACUCAUAAUGAACUGUGCAAUGAAACAACAAUGGCUAUUGUUGAAUCUACAUCAGCAAUUAAUCUGUUGAAAAUGAUAGUUGAAGGUGGUGAUUCAAGUGACUGGAAAGAUUUUGAAACUUACCUUUCUGUAUUUGAAAAUGUUUUUGAAAAUGCAAUUGAUGAUGCAAGUUCUCUUAAAGGUAACAGUUCAGAUGAUGUUUUAGAAAUGAUUGAAGUUGUGGUAACUGAAUUGCAGCAAUCCAUACUAAAGGUUGUUAAUAGAGACUUUUUGAAUUCUUGGCUUAAUACAUUCAUCUCAGGAGGAUCUAAGGGAGAAAGGAGCUCCAGUGAGUUUUCCAUUGGGAAUUCACUUUCUACUAUUCUCAAACUCUCCCAAAAAGAACUUGGAUUUGUUCUUGCUGAGAUAAAGGACACUGCUGCUUUCGUAACAUAUGCACCUCUAGAUAAAUAUUUGGGUGAAUAUAAUACACUUCUUGAGAGACUGACAGAAAAAGCAGCUCUGAAUGGUAAACUGGUAGGUCUCAAAAUUUUCAAGUCUUCAAGCCUUGCUAGUUUUCCAAUAAGAAAUGGUAGAGAGUUUCUAGAGCACAUGAUAACCUUGGUGCAAAAUCUGAAGAACAUGGAUAUUGAGUUCUUGAUAGGUCAAUUCAAACAAGUCCAGAUGGGCUUGGACAAUUUCUUUAAAAAUAUCAAACCUCUGCAUAGGGGGAGUUCUGAGUUAGAGAUGUUAAUAGACUGGUGGGAUGCAUUUGAGAACAGUUCAUGUAAUUGGAACCUGACUGGUUUAUGGCACAUCACGCAACUUUUUCAAGAGGAUCUCUCUGAUGUAGAAGAGGUGUUCUAUCUUCUCCUUGAUGUCAUCAGCGUUAUGGAAAGUCUAGCUCAUGGGAACAUAACAGAAGUACUAGCUGAUGUGUAUACUUUUGCACUGACUCAAGAAGCAAAAAUGUCAAUGUUUACAAAGGAAGAAAUCUCUAAUCAAGUAGAAAGUCUACUAAUGUUAUUAGAGGCACUGACAGAUGUGCCUAAUGAACCCGCAGAGGCCUCAAUUUGUUUUUCUGCAGAAUUCUGCUGGAUUCUCAGAAUGGUAACACUUCAGAGUGAUCCCACUUCCAAACCUUGUGACUUUAUGCAAAGUAAUUUUCCUCUGAAUCACAAUGCAGUCUUACACAAAGAAGUGAAACUUGUUACUCUGAAUGACAGCUUCUUGUGCACUAUGGAAGAUUUUCAGACUGACAUUAUUCAUAAUCUCACUUGCUUUAUUCAUCAGAUUAAAGAAUGGAACUCUAUUCUUUUGAAGUUUUCUGAGCUCCAUCAUAUAAAUGGUACACUUCUUAAAGAACUGCUAGCUUUUUGGAAUGAGCUAUACCGCUAUGCUGUGCCUCUGCAGGCAAAUAAUACAAACUCAACUGUCAACUGUUCUUCCACGUCAAAGAGAAAAGUGGCUUUAGAAAUCAUGGAAACUCUGAGUAGUGUGCCGGCAGCAGAAAUAGAGAUGUCUGAAUAUGUUCUUGAGCAGCUGAAUGAUCUUUAUGGUGGCUUAAGCUGGAGCAGGCACUCAAGCAUAUCGCUUAUAGAGACUGUUUUACCUUAUGUCAAGAACAUGACAACUGAAGUUUCUGGACUUUUGGAUACAGAAGCUGUCCAUUCUUUUCUUUCUGUAGUUCAGCCUUUCAUGACUUUGUCUUCUGUUGAAAAUCAAGCUUACUCGAUACUCAUGGUAUUAUCAUCUUUAAAUGGAAACAACAAUAUAUCUGAUAACAUCGAGAACAUCUGGUUUCCUGUAGUUAAAAGAACAAAAGAUUUGUUGUUGAAUUUCAAUGUGAGACAAUCACUUGCAGUAAUAGACCAAGAGUUUCAGCUAUUAAGGUUAGCCACUGGACGGUCCUCUUCAGUGACUUUUGAUGUGUUAAUACAGCAGUUUAAUACAUCAUCUGUAGAGGCUGCGUUAAGAAAACUUGAAGACGUACAAGAGAUUAUGAACAGCUUUCUGUGUGAGUGUAAUAAUCAAAAUUAUUCUAAAGUGAUGCAACCUCUAGUCCUUCUUAUGGCUAAAGAAAAAUCAUCAGACCUACUGCUGGUUGUUAAAGAUAUUAUUGACUUUCUGGAACUAUUCCAAAAUAAAUCUAAAGAAGAUUACACCGAUAUGUUGUUUGUUAAUGAUCAUCUUAGCAGAGAGAUACUGGAUACUACUUAUAUUGCUAAUUCAGUUUUUCAGAACUUUCUCUUUCAUAUGAUUGAUGACCUUGCUGUUACAAAAGAAGCUCUGCAUGCAAACAGUACUGAGCGUAAGAUAGUUGACUUCAUUGAUUCAUUUUUUGAUAAUGCGCAAUACGAAAAUGUUUCUACUCUGUCACAAAGCAGAACUCUGGAGAUCAUGCAAGAAGUGUUGCAAAUUACAUUUGCAUAUUUCACAGAGCAUAACAGGAAGAACGUAGCUUUAGGAAAGGAUUUGAGCUUUGGACUCUAUCUUACAGAAGAACCAGUUGUCACUGGCAACCUUUUCUGUGUUGUUAUGAAGUGUAAAGAUGGCAUGAUGCGUCACUUAAUAAUCUCUAUAAUUGAAGGAAUCACUCUGGUUCAAGACCAUUAUCAGAGUAUUGAAAGAAUGUGGAAGAUUUUCAACAAGGGAGACUGUGAGAGCAUGGCAUAUGUAAACCUAAAACUUUCUGAUAAUCUAGAGAGCUUCCUGAGAGCCUUACAGAAUACUACUGAUGGCACCUGUGAUUGUCAACUAAUGUUGGAGAACAUCCAGAGACGCUUGCAAAAACUGAUUGAAAAUUGGGAGAUACAGUUGUCAGAAAAUCCUGUGGUAGCUUUUCUGAGCAAUUUUAAUCUUUUAAAUGAUAUGAAAGUCAAAGAUUAUGUGCAGAAUAUUACUGAAUUGAGGCUGGACAUUCUUUCUUCUGUCAACAUCUCUGAAGAAACUAUCAGUAGCAUUUUGGAAGCUAAUAUCUCUUUUUCAAAGGUUUUUUACAGUGCCUUUGUGAUAGCCUUCACUCAAAGAUGUGAUGAAGAAGUACUUAGCCUCCUCCUCAAGCUAUCUGAAAAGAGCAAAACCUCCCUGGCAGUGGAAGAAUUGUGUUCUUUACCAGCACUGGAUCUGUAUACCACAUUUGUACUGAUUAUACAGAAUUUGAACUUACGCCAUAUAAUUUACACGAAUAAGAUACCUUCUGAGAUGAGCAAUGUACUAAGCACAUUACUGGAUGUGGUCUCUAGUAUCAGCUCUCUUCUUAAUAAAGUCCAGCACGUAAUGGAAAACCUCCCAGUGUUCCUUCAAGCAAUUCAAAACAUUGGGAUGUUUGACAUCUCUGCACUGCAACAGUUCUUGCAAGGUGGGUGGUUCAGAAGUUCAGCUGUUGGAUCGCUGGAGUCUGUAAUCAAGGCAGUAUGUAAAGAAGAAUCUCCGUUUUUCAGCAAUGCAAACCUAUUUGUUGAUAUGCCCAGAAUCACAGGGCUCUUAGAGGACGAUAUGGGAAAAUAUGGGAUUCCUGAAGAUUCAACUCCUUUUUGUCUGAAGCUUUAUCAGGAGAUUUUACAGUCUUCAAAUGGGGCUUUGGUAUGGACUUUCCUGAAACCUUUAUUACAUGGGAAGAUAUUGUACAAUUCAAACAUCAGCAUGAUUGACCUGGUUAUAGAGAAGGCUAAUUUCACUUUUGGUUUUGUGGAAAACUUGAAGACUUAUUCGCAAACAUGGCUAAGGAUGUCUGAAGUUUUUAAAAACCGUGGAAAUGUCCUCAUGGUCUCACGGCUGCAGGAAACACUGCAAAACAAUUUUGUAAAGCACUUUGUGGAAAGUAACCUGGAUAUAGACCUGGAAAAACUCUUCAAGAAAAUGCAAGUUUAUGAAAUUAUGAUGGGCAAGACAUUUAACAGCUCAGCAAGUAGACAAAUCGACCUGUUGUCACAACUCAUAGUAAAUAUCUCUUCUUGUGUAUUACUGGAUCGUUUCCAGUCUUUUGAGUCUGUUGAUAAAUUGGAGGAGAAAGCUCACGAACUCAUGCAGCACAAUAAUUUUUUGGCUAGUAUCAUCUUCAAUACAACCAGAAACAAGACGCCAGAUUCCAGCGAUCUCCUUACACAGCACAUUUCGUAUACAAUUAGAACCAGCGUUCUCUAUAGCAUGAGAACGGACUUGAUUAAAAACCCAGCAUGGAAAUCUCACCCCCAGAAGCUGCCAUCCGAUGGGUUUAAAUACAAUCAUAUCUUUAUUCCUCUUCAAGACAUGAUUGAAAGGGCUAUAAUUUCAGCACAGACUGGGUUAGAUAUCUCAGGGCCAGCAAUUCAAGUGCAAGCCAUGCCUUAUCCUUGUCAUACCAGUGAUCUAUUUUUGAACAACAUAGGUUUUUUUUUCCCACUUAUGAUGAUGUUAACAUGGAUGGUUUCUGUUGCUAGUAUGGUUCGCAAGCAGGUUUAUGAAAGAGAAAUUCAUCUUGAAGAGUAUAUGAAGACAAUGGGAGUUCAUCCAGCCGUUCACUUCCUUGCUUGGUUUCUGGAGAACAUAAUUGUGCUGACAAUAAGCAGCUGUGCACUGGCCAUCAUUUUAAAAGCGAGUGGUAUCUUUGCUUAUAGCAAUGGUUUCCUCAUCUUCCUUUUUCUCCUGGAUUUUGGAGUGACAGUUAUUAUGUUAAGUUAUUUUCUGGGAGUUUUUUUUAGCAGUGCCAAUACCGCAGCUCUGAGUGCCAGCCUUGUCUAUAUGAUCAGUUUUUUACCCUACAUAGUUUUGUUGGUCUUGCAGAACCAGUUGAGUUUUACCAAGCAGAUUAUGAUGUGUCUUCUCUCUACAACGGCCUUUGGACAAGGAGUAUUUUUCAUUACAUUCUUUGAGGGCCAAGAAAUAGGAAUUCAGUGGAAUAACAUGUACCAGCCAAUGGUGAAAGGAGGAUACAUGACCUUUGGAUGUACCUGCUGGAUAAUGUUCUUCGACUCCAUUUUGUAUUCUGUAGGUGGCUGGUAUUUCAGCAAUAUUAUUGUAGGAAAAAAUGGACUAAGGAACUGUUGGUACUUUCCUUUUACUGUUUCCUAUUGGAAGAACCUAUGUGGUUUACAGCAGAUGAGAAAACAUUAUCUGAAUUCUAACAUGUUUUUCUUCAGUGAAAACUUCAAAGAGAAAGGUUUGUAGUCAUGACAGAAUUUUAGCACUUGCACAGAAGGAGCCACCAUUGGUGUUGUAUUGCUGUCUCUCACCAAAGAACACGUGGAUAGCCAUAAGGCUGCUGUUAAAGACCUCAGCCUCACCUUCCAUAAAGGCCAAAUAACAGCACUCUUGGGACCUAAUGGAGCUGGCAAAACAACAGUUAUAUCAUUGUUGACUGGUCUGUACCCACCGAGCUCUGGUACCAUUCUUAUCAAUGGAAAGGACAUACGAACUGACCUGGCUGCCAUCAGGACAGAGCUGGGUGUUUGCCCACAGUAUGAUGUUCUGUUCAACAUGCUAACAGUACGAGAGCAUCUGCUCCUUUAUGGAUCAGUGAAGGCACCUGGCUGGACAAAUGAACAGUUGAAUCAGCAAGUCAGUGGAGCUCUGGAAGAUGUGGAUUUAUCCCAACACCAGUACAAACCUGUUGGAGCCCUUUCUGGGGGAAUGAAAAGGAGGCUGUCAAUUGCCAUUGCCUUUAUUGGAAACUCAAGGACUGUUGUUUUAGAUGAGCCCACCAGUGGAGUAGAUCCAUGUUCCCGCCGUAGCAUUUGGGAUGUUAUACUGAAGUGCAAAGCUGGUUGCACACUGAUCUUUACUACUCACCAUCUUGAUGAGGCAGAGGUGCUCAGUGAUCGCAUUGCCAUUCUGCAACAGGGACAACUGAGGUGCUACGGUUCUCCUUCUUAUCUGAGAGAAACAUAUGGCCAGGGACACAGUCUAACGCUCAUAAAAAAGCCCUCUGUGUUUGAAAUCCAGGAUCCUAAGCAUGUUGUCCGGGUCACGUCAUUUGUACAGACUCACAUUCCAGAAGCUUUCUUGAAAGAGAACAGUGGGACUGAAUUAACCUAUGGGAUUCCGGAAAGGGCAGAUAAGACCUCUUUUAACGGUCUUUUCCAGGCUUUAGAUCAAAACCUUCACCAUUUACAUGUGACUGGCUAUGGCAUUUCUGACACCACCUUGGAAGAGGUAUUUUUGAAGCUGCUGCAAGACUCGGAGAAGAUGCCAUUUGUUCCACAAGGAGCAUAUCCGAACAAUGCAAAAGAUGGUGAAUCAGACUAUAUAUCACUUAUGGAGGCCUCACGUGUGUAUGGAACUAAUCUCAUUCUUGCACAGAUUGUUGCCCUUCUGCUGAAGAGGUUUCACCACAUUAGGCGAGACUGGAGAGGAACUCUAUCAAAUGUGCUUCUUCCAGUCCUUUUUGUUGCACUGGCAAUGGCCUUGUUUAGUGUGAAGCCUCCGGCUGUUGAUUAUCCUUCUCUCAAGCUGACACCAAGACUUUACAAGAAUGCAGAAUCCUUCUUUAGCUCUGGAGAUGAUAAUCUAAGAAACCUUUCUGAGAUUCUACUGAGAUAUUUCUUUGACUGGGACUUCACAUGCAUGCAUUUGAAACAAGGAAAAAAUAAUUCAUGCUGGCAGGUGGAAUCAGAUUCACUCCUGAAUUCAUGUGGAUGCAUGUCUGAAAAGGAGAUGUGUCCAAGUUUCAAUACCUCUGUUCCCUAUGUGAAAAAUAAGAGAGGACAUAUUUUAUACAAUCUCUCAGGGUUGAUUGUGGAAGAAUAUUUAGUGAGGCCUUCCAACAAAGAAAGAUAUGGUGGUUGGUCUUUUGGUGGAAAGAAAGCUUCUGAAUAUCAAGAACAAAAAUGGAAUAAUAUGAAAUAUAAGCCUCUGGUUAAGCUUGCUUUCCAAGGCAUUUCUUGCAAUAAGGCUCUGUCUUAUUCAGGAGGCAAGUGGUGGAUGUUGCUGUGUGGCAGUCAACAUCACUCUGUGGACAACUUUACAUUUGAAAGCAUUUCUUUGAAACUGUGUUCUGAACAGAGUGUUCAGAAGAACUUACUAGCAGAAGCUCUGGCCUAUGACCAAAUAACUCUAGUUUGGUUUGGGAGACUGGGGAAUGAUAUCAUCGUAUCCUGUGAAAAACAGGAUGCAGGUAUUGGACAUGCCUGGACCAGAAGUGAAGCAUUGCUGGACCUGUUACAGUUUGACAGCAUGGUGUGGUAUAACCAAAAAGGUUUCCAUUCACUGCCAUCCUACCUAAAUGAACUCAAUAACUUCAUUCUGUGGCUGAAUUUGCCCCCAGCUGUGGAUUGGAGACAGUAUGGGAUCACACUCUACAGUCAACCAUACGGAGGAGCCUUGCUGGAUGAGGACAAAAUAAUGGAAAAUAUUCGUCAGUGUGGGGUAGCACUCUGUAUCAUGCUGGGUUUCUCCAUCCUCACCGCAUCUAUUGGCAGUGCCAUAGUGAAAGACAGAGUAUCUGGUACAAAACGCUUGCAACAUAUCACCGGCCUGGGUUACAAAACAUACUGGCUUGCUAAUUUCUGCUGUGAUAUGCUGUUUUAUAUGCUACCCGUCACCCUGUGUGUUGGUGUUAUUACUGCUUUCCAGCUAUCAGCCUUCACUUUUCGAAACAAUUUGGCAGCCACUGUUAUCCUGCUGGUUCUCUUUGGAUAUGCAACUUUACCAUGGAUGUAUCUUGUAUCCAGAUUCUUCUCAAGUCCAGAUGUAGCUUUUAUUUCUUACAUCUCCUUAAACUUUGUGUUUGGCCUUUGUACCAUGCUGGUGACUCUCCUACCUCGUUUGUUAGCUAUAAUUUCCAAAGUCCAGAGCUUUCAGAACAUCUACAAGAUCCUUAAAUGGGCAUUUAUCAUAUUUCCACAAUUCUGCUUAGGCCAAGGUUUAAUAGAACUUUCAUACAACCAGAUCAAAUUUGACAUAACCAGCAACUUUGGAAUAGAUUCAUAUAUAAGCCCUUUUGAAAUGAAUUUUCUGGGAUGGAUUUUUGUGGAAAUGGCCCUACAGGGAACAGUUCUUCUUCUUUUACGGCUGUUUUUCCAUUGGGAUCUCCACCAGAAACCAAGGGGUCAGCAUUUAGUUAACAGUGUGGUCAAUCCAUCAGAGGACACUGAUGUAGAAAUGGAGCGACAGCGACUUUCUAGGGGAAGAACUGGUAAUGAUGUCCUUCUUCUGUACAAUCUCAGGAAGUGUUAUGGAGGUUUCAAUAAGAAGAACACAGCUGUGGAAAACAUAAGCUUGGGAAUAACAAAGGGAGAGUGCUUUGGACUCCUGGGAACAAAUGGAGCUGGGAAAAGCACAACAUUUAAAAUGCUGACUGGAGAUAUUGUUCCAUCUGCGGGGCGUGCUGUUAUCCGAACUCCUACAGGCUCUGAAAUGGAUAUACUGUCUGCUAGUUCUGAAGGCAUUCUUAUUGGCUAUUGUCCACAGCAAGAUGCACUGGAUGAACUUUUAACGGGUUGGGAACACCUUUAUUAUUACUGCACACUGCGUGGAAUUCCGAAGCAACAUAUUUGUAAGGUAGCAGAGGACCUUGUUACCCGGUUGCAACUCAGUGCCCACGCUGACAAAAUGGUGAGAACAUACAGUGCCGGCACAAAAAGAAAACUCUCUGCUGCUCUGGCUCUAGUUGGUAAACCACAAAUACUUUUACUGGAUGAGCCAAGUUCUGGGAUGGAUCCUUGCUCUAAACGUUACUUGUGGAAAACCAUCUUGAAAGAAGUUCAGGAUGGCUGUGCAGCUGUGCUGACAUCCCACAGUAUGGAAGAAUGUGAAGCCCUCUGCACGCGACUUGCUAUUAUGGUGAAUGGAAGCUUCAAGUGUCUUGGUUCUCCCCAGCACAUUAAAAACAGGUUUGGAGAUGGCUAUUCUGUCAAAGUUUGGCUUAGCAAAGAAAUAAGCUAUCGAAGAAUGAUUUUGGACUGUCUAAAGCUGCAUUUUCCUGGAGCACAAUUUAAGGGACAACAUCUUAACCUGCUUGAGUACCAUAUACCACGAAGUGAGGGAUGCCUAGCUGAGCUCUUCAGAGUCCUAGAGAACUACAAAGCUUUUCUCCAAAUCAAACACUAUUCCAUUAGCCAAACUACACUGGAGCAGAUAUUCAUUAAUUUUGCUACACAGCAGCAAGGAAUCUCAGAUUCUUCACAAGAAUCUCCCACUGUUCCUCAAGACCACCUGCCAGUUUAGGAUCA